AUGGUGGGGGCGAUUUUCUUCGUCAUCAUCAAGGGCACCAUGGAUUUGGGCGGACUGGGCGUGGUUAUUCAGCGGAAUUUCGACAGCGGACGACUGGAGUGGCCUGAAUGGACCCUUGAUCCCAAGGUGCGAAUGUCCAUGUUCGCAAUGAUGGUGGGCAACUUGGCCCACAACUCGUACAAUUUGGGCUGCAAUCAGAUUAUCACCCAGCGUUACCUAUCUCUACCCGGAAUCAAGGAGAUGGCGCAGUGCUCGUUCCUCUUCAUUUUCGGAUUGGUUGCUCUGAUGGCCAUCUGUCUCUACAAUGGACUUUUGCUAUCGGCAACUUACUACGACUGUGAUCCUUUGACCACAAAGUUGGCAGUGGCCAAGGAUCAGUUGGUUCCCCUUUUGGUAGUGCAAUCCAUGAGCUCAUUUCCCGGAGUUCCUGGCAUGUUUGUGGCCGGAGUGUUUAGUGCCGCCCUGAGUUCGCUGUCUACGGGCAUGAAUUCCCUGGCCGCUGUUUUCCUGGAGGACUACAUUAGACCCUUGAUGAGGAAACCGCUUACGGAACACCAGACAGCAGUCACCAUGCGUGUUUGUACGGUGCUCAUUGGAGUCGUUAGUGUGGCUUUGGUCUUUGUGGUCGAACAAAUGGGCUCCCAUGUGAUGCAACUUUCCAUGACCGUGGGAUCAGUGGUCCAGGGUCCGCUUUUGGGUCUUUUCGUUAUGGGCCUGCUGUGCCCAAGCAUCAACUCAAAAAGCGCGAUAGUGGGAUCUCUGGCCUCAUUCUUCUUUAUGGGCUGGUUGUGCUUAUCGGCCCAAUUGGCCAUUAACUCCGGGGAAAUGCAGUUUGAGAGCAAACCAGUUAGCGUAGAAGGCUGUGAUUACGAAUUCGAUCGAGAUUUAUUGACUCCUGCCAAUGCCACCAGUUUCAUUAACCAAGAAUCUGGAUCGCUCAGUUUUGCCCAGCAGCUGUACCACAUCUCCUUUAUGUUCUAUAGCGUUAUGGGUGCCACAGUGGGCGUGACAACCGCCCAUUUGGCUGGCUUCAUCUUUGGUCGCAAUAAGGCCGAAGAUGUCGAUAUUGAGUUACUAUCGCCAGUAAUUCGCGGUUUCCAGAAAUCCACCUAUUCCAGCUACUUUCAAUUGCGCUAUGGUGCUGGCAUACGCAAUUUGGGUUCCAUCCUCUUCAUUGUUGGAACGAUGCUGUGGCUUCCUGUGGCGCUCUAUGUACCGGCCAUCACCUAUAAUCAGGUGACUGGAACUGGCAUCCAUGUAAUUACGCCCAUUGUGUGCACUAUCUGCACUUUCUACACGUGUGUGGGCGGUCUGAAGGCCGUCAUCUGGACAGAUGUCAUUCAGAGCUUUGUGAUGUUUGGAUCCAUUUUGGCUGUUUGCAUUAAGGGCACCUUCGAUGUGGGCGGACUGGGCGUGGUCAUGCAGCGAAAUGAAGAUGGCGGACGUCUUAAUUCACCAGAGUGGACAAUGGAUCCCACGGUGCGACUUUCCAUGUUGUCUGUGAUUUUGGGCGGCACUCUGCAUAAGAUUCAGUCCUCGGAUGUCAACCAGGUGUCCAUUCAGCGAUUCCUCUCACUGCCAAGUUACGAACAUGCCAAGAGGUGUAUGCUGGUGUUUACCCUUCUCUUGAUAUUCCUCCUCAGCUGCUGCAGUUAUAUGGGAUUGGUAUCCUAUGCGGUUUACCACGAUUGCGAUCCAAUUAGUACUAAGCUAGCUACUGCCGUCGAUCAACUGCCUUCUCUGCUAAUGAUGCGAACUCUUGGUUCCUUACCUGGAUUACCAGGACUCUUUGUGUCUGGAGUUUUCAGUGCUGCCCUGAGCUCCCUUUCCACGGGUCUCAAUUCCCUGGCCUGUGUGAUUACCCAGGAUAUCGUAAGACCCUUGCUGAAAAAACCCAUGACCGAAAGGCAGACGGCUUUUUGGUUGCGGGCCAUUGUGGUUGUUUGCGGAUUCUCGUGCCUGGGAAUGGUGAACAUUGUGGAGAAGUUGGGUCAAGUGGUUCCAUUGGCCACCAGCACAGCAGCAGUUUCGAUGGGUCCUCUUUUGGGGAUUUACUGCAUGGGCGUUGGCCUGCCAUGGGUUAAGGGAAAGAGCGUUCUUGUGGGAAGCUUGGUAUCCUUUUUGGUGCUAUCCUGGAUAUGUAUCAAAGCACAAUUGGCUCAAAUGAAUGGAGAUAUUCGUUAUCCCAAACUACCCGUUUCAGUGGGUGGCUGUGAUUAUGCUUUCGAUAACCAAACAGUUCAUGAGACCAUCCACGGGUACAGACCCUCGGAAAGGAACCUCUACCAUUUAUCCUUCCUUUGGUAUACAGGUUUGGGUGGUGUGAUUUGUACUGUGGUCUCCGUGCUAGCUGGCUUUAUUUUCGGCUGGGAGGAUCUCAAUAAAAUGGAUCCCGCCUUGAUAACGCCCUGUAUGCGACGUUUUCUACCAAAAAAGAACUACCAGGCGGUUAAUAUGCAGGAUCUCUUUAAGAAGAAAGCCGAGAAUGAGACCCAAAGUGCUUCCUAAACUUUGUCAAUAAAAUAUGUACUUUUUGUUCUGUUGAAACUUUAAA